AAGUCCCAAGCUCUUCGAACAAUUCAACAUAAAUAUAAAAACAACAGAAAAUAGUGCAAUAAGAAAUAGAAACACAGGAAAUAGGAUUUAUUUGAACUUAUUUGUCCCAGUCCACAAACAUCUACUCUUAUUCGUUUCUCUCCGCCAAAGUAGCUUCAUUAGUCCCGUAAUGAACUUUUUUUUACAUCAAAUUAUCCCAUUACGUCUGACAUAAACAACCCGCAGGGCCACCUCUGAUUGGCCGGCCGCGGGGUCACGUGUCCCGCGCGGCCGUCCGUCUAUUUGACAGCCGCAGGAUGGCUGGAUGCCAGAGGGGGGAGAAAGAGACAGAGAGAGGGGAGAGAAAGAAAAAUUAGUAUUCUCCUACCAGCCUCGCUAUAAAUCAAUCAUGGACUCCUUCGUGGUGAGCUGUAAAUACGCUGAGCCGCAGUUCCCGCCUUGUGAAGAAGAUUACAGUAAUUUUAGUGACCAAGGGGGGUUUUACAACAACCCCCAGGACAGUGGGAGUUAUGGAGGGGCAUAUCAGCCAACAUACACACCACAACAAACCGGCUAUCACUCUCUGCAGGGGCAUCGCCGGGAGGAUGGAGAGGACCAGUCGCUGCACCAAGGUGUGCCAAUACGCACUGGCUACAGGGCGGCAGAAGCGCCCGGGAAGGAGGCCCGGUUCUCGGUGGGGGAGCUGCAGUGCCAAGCCUGGAUGACCUGUGCAAAGCCCGCUCAGGUGCAAAGGAAAACGGCCUGCCAGGGGAAGGACAAGGCGCCUAUUGUUGUCUACCCGUGGAUGAAGAAAGUGCACAUCGCUCAUGUUAAUCCCAACCAUAUGGGUCCGGAGCCAAAGCGCCUGCGCACAGCCUACACGCGCCAGCAGGUGUUGGAGCUCGAGAAGGAGUUCCACUUCAGUCGGUACCUCACGCGCCGCCGCAGGGUGGAGGUGGCGCACACCCUCUGCCUGAGCGAGCGGCAGGUAAAGGUGUGGUUCCAGAACCGGCGCAUGCGCUGGAAGAAGGACAACAAGCUGCCCAACACCAAAGGACGGAGCAAGAACAAGAAGGCGGCGGAAAUAAAUAACAACAACACUAAUAACAACAAUAACAACAACAGUGAUAGUAUCGUGAAGGCGGGGAUAACCGUCUGAACACAGGAGAGGAGUUUGGGUACAUGUUUAUCCACCAUUACGGUUCUUUUGAAAUCUCCUUUAUGCUGUUAUAAUUUGCUUCCCACUUCUACGGUCGACCAAAUGUUGGUUGUAGUUCAAAGGAUUUGCAAUCGGGGACAUGUAAACAAUACGAAAAUGCUAUUUGAAGGAAAAUAGGUCAUUGGAAACCAGUCUAAAGCAUACAGAGUUUACAUUUUAGGGGGGAAAUGCGCCUAAAAGUGCAUCAAACCCACAAAAGAAACUAAGAUAGCGCGACAGGUCUUUUAAGAUAUCCUCCGUUUGACUACGUCUUCAGAUUCAAGAGGUUUUUUCUGUCAAUAUAUUUUAAAGUGUAUAUGUUCUUGUCCCAAAUGCAAUCUGAACUGUAUGUUUGUCUCUCCAAAACUAAGGGUGCUAAACUGAGGGUGGCUGAAGCUAAACUGCUUUAAAGCGCAUGCAGGAUAUCGAUCUAUAGGGGGAUAUAAAUUCCCUUAUGCUUUAUAUUCCAACUUUUACUCUGAAAUGUUCAUAAAUAUGUUGUUAUUAGGGAAUAUUGCACUACGGCCAUUUAUGCUGUUGCACGUAGUGAAACAGGAAGCGGAAGACCUCUGUUUAGAUGUACACAUACCAGCACUUUCAGCUGCUCAUGACAUGUUCGAUUAUACAACAUUCCAUUUGUUCACUUGCUUUAAUGGACGAUUGCAGUGAAAUGACAAUAAUCGAACAUGUCAUGAGCAGCUGAAAGUGUUGGUAUGUGUACAUCUAAACAGAGGUCUUCCGCUUCCUGUUUCACUACGUGCAACAGCAUAAAUGACCGUAGUGCAAUAUUCCCUAGUUAUGAAGAGAACGCAGUCUGAUAUUUCAUUAAUUGAAACAGAUUUUGAGUCUUUGGGUUAGCUAACCUCCAAGGAUGGUCUCACAUCUCUCAUGGUGAAAUUUAGGGAAUUUUAGACUUCCGGUUUUUAAGGGGGAACGGUGCCUGGUUGGAGAAUCUUUUGGAGAAAACAGGGUUUAAUUUCUACAGGGUAAACAUAUUACAGGGUUUUAUAACAGCUACCUAAAAGAUAAAAUAGCUUAACUUAUGAAUAUGUACAUUACCAAAAUGUUGUUUGGCGCUUAAAGGAGAAAUUAAUAGACAUAGGGGCUGACUUGUUGGUCACAUAUUGUUUUACUUUGUACAGAAACAUCCAAAAACAAUGCAAUUUUUUGUAGGACAAGAAGCCAUAUCGAACAGAUUAUCUCCAAAAGUGAAUUCACUUUUUAACUUUUUUAUUUUGCGGGGGAAACUCAUACAUUUUUACGCGCAAGAAAUACAAUAAAUUGGAGGUACAGGUUUUUAAUGCACGAGGCCGAUUGUAAAUCCAAAGUGUUUCCUCAGGGUUACAGGGUUUUAAUAAACACAACUUUCUGAAGCUUUUGUUGUUUGUUUUUAGCACCGAGGGGUUUUAAAAGGACCCUCUUUUAAAUGAUAUGUCCUCGCUUUGAUUCCAGUGUAAUAUGCUAUUGUUUUGUAUUAGCCUACGCCAGUACUUAUUUUUCUUUGUAUUACUUACAUAUUUUAUUCCUAGCAGCAAGCAUCUCUGUUUUAUUUUGUAUGUUGGUGAUCUUUGGAAAAAAAUAAGAGCAACUCUUUGUGUGAAAUUUUUAUAUGUGUAAAUGUUUUGAUAAAAUAUUA